AAUAAAUGUUAUUUUUAUUUGAAAUUGAGCAUAAUUUUCCGUAUUUUUAGUUGAAACAGAAAUGAUUAUUGUUACAAAUAUUAUUAAUAGUGCUACGUUUUAGUUAACUCAAGCUUAAACUGGAAUAUAUUUGAAAAAAUUGUUUUUUAAAAGAUAUACCUACAUAACAUACCAUACCAUACCCCUGGUGUUUGUGUGUGUUUGGUUAAAUUAGUUUGACAACAACCCCAACAACGUCGCUGUAACCUGAUAACGGAAUUGGCUUGGUUUAUCAACAAUCAACAUUAAAGUUACAAUGGCAACAAACAGCUCGGAAACUGAAGAAUCCACCACUAGUACAGCACCAAGAAUUUUCCAUAUUUCUUCCAGUACUGAUAGUCCUAACGUUCACAAAUGUCCCCUGUGUGAAAAAUUUAAAAAGUACUUUUACUGCAGAGAUUGCAUACAGAGUGGUCUAAUAACUAACAAAAAAAACGAAAGCCUCAGUAAUAUUCAAAAAGCUCUUGGAGAAUUGGAGGAAAAUAGGCGAAAUGUUGAAAGGAAAUGCUUAAAAUCAUUGGAAAAUAGACAAAAAUAUGAUAUUUUGCAAACAAAAAUUCGUCAAGGCAAAGAAAGAAAUCAAAUAAUUCAGUUGGCACUAGAAGGAAAACGUCAGAGGAAACACUUUUUAAACCAAAAACUAGCGGAAUUAAAAGAACGAAAUCAAGAAAGAAGUGAAAAACUCAAGGCCUACAAAACAAAAAGUGCAGAAGUGGGCGAUUGUGCUGCGAUAAAAAGCGAAAAAGUAUCUUUGGCCCAAGAGAAAUUACACAAAAAGAACAAGGAAGUUAAAAAAAUAGCCAGGCUAAGAGUUCAACAAUUAUUCAAAUAUAUAUUCCCAAUAUCAUUAGUUAAACCUGUAAUAGAAAUGGAAUCCAGUGGAGAUAGUAUGAUAAAGGAACUAGCAGAAGCAUCACAGACAACCUAUCUCAGAGAUAAAUGGGUUUAUACAGAUUAUUCCAAUGAAAUGCAAUAUUCAAUAGUGGCGCCAUGCUUGCCUGGUAGUGGAAACUAUUCAAAUUACAAUCUAUGGGCUCAAAAUCGUGACGGUAUCCCUAUAUCCGAAGACACUGAGAUGAUGGAUAUCAACCCUGCCCUAACAAUUUCAGCCGCACUCACCUACGCUGCUCAACUAGUUAACGUUUUAUCGUUUUUAUUAAAUGUAAGGCUUCCUUAUAAAAUGACUUACAGCGAAUUCAGCAGUAGCACAAUGAAUGAGCAACAAUUUACCAGAAAAGUUGCCAGAUUGAACGCGAAUAUUUUAUAUUUCUGUAUAUCGCAAAAAAUUGAUAUUAGUGCCCUUAGUCCUAUGCGUACUAUCCAUAAUAUCUUACAAUUGAAGGACAAUGAUAGUGCCGAUUUGGGACGGCAAGGGCCAAUUGAAAUAAAUGAAUUACAUGCAAGGACUUUGGAAAAAUGCAUUGCUAGCGAUUUAAAAUCCGGCGAUGAUUCGGAUUCAGACGAAGGUGAUUCGUUUACGAAGGAAUGGGAAGCGGUCCCACACGUUCAAUGUCCAGAAGUACCUGCAGGACCGGCUAACGUACAAUCUAGUGUUAUAAAUCCCCAACAGGCAAGCAGUAUGGCAGGUGGCCUAAUGAACAGUGCUGUCGCCAGUGUGGCGUCGAUUUGGAGGGGUUUUACGGGUCGGUAGUUUCUACGAAUAAUUUGUAAGAAAAAGGUGGAUCAAUCUAGGCCAAGAAGACCCUAAGUAAAUAUGAAACUAAGGCAUGAACCUGAUAAAUAAAAAUGUACUGCUGGCAACCGCUAAAAUUUUAUCAAAAUCUCACUGAUGCUUUUGUAAUAAAAAAAAAUUGUUUUGAUGAUAUAUUAGAUCUUUUGAAAUGCUUCCCAGUACUAGUGGAGACGUUUUGGUCUUUUUAAAUUAAGAUGAGCCCCAGCCCAG